GUUUGGUUUGCAUUAAAUGCCUGAGGUACAUGCUCAGACAAAGCGAGAUACAGGGGAUAGCUUAAGCCGGCAGGGGCCAGGGGGGCAAUACCGCUAAAAAGACAACCCUGUCUAUCGCGGAUGCGCCAUCACGUCCACUUAUAAGUUACUUCUUACAAGUUACCAUUAAGACGCGUACCGAACUUAUAUCGCCAACCAUUGAGUCCCCCUGAUUCUCCCAUAUAGAACUCUAGUCAUGGCUAUUGACGAUUUAUUAAAAGAAACUUACGAAGAUAAACAGCAUCAGGCUGCCUAUGUUUUUGACCCCUUAGACGGAAUCGAUGGCGCAAGUAGACCUACAAAGAGGAGAAAAGUGUCAAAUCGACAUAAUAAAGCAGAAACUCGGGAACCAAGUGCUUCCUUGACUUUCCAGCCUCUUUUCGGUGGCUCUGAGGAUGAGCGUUGCGUGCGUCUUCGUCAACAAUUAUUUGAGUCGUCUUGGUCUCAAAUUGAUGAGAGGAUACAACGCAUACUCCGAAUGACAAACCAGUCUACGCUAGAUCAGGUAACUUCUUUUUUACGAACAGCUCCUGAUGAUCAUGCAUCGACCGGCAAGAUCCCUUCUGCCUUUAUCAUCACAGGCCCAAAUUUAGCCUCUCAGGAUCUUUUAUUUGAGCAACUAUCAGAAGCUCUACAAGUUCAAGUAGAUGCAAAGGUAGUUCGGCUAAGGUCCGGUGACGCAUCUAACCUGAAGGCUGUCUUGAAAAAGAUUAUACAUGAUGUAACAGCAAGAGAGACGGACGAUGAAAAUGACUUGGAGCUAGCUACAGGCAAAGAUGGACGCAAAUAUCUCAACUACGAUCUUGAGGCUCUCUACGCUCAUCUUAAAGCCAGUCCUCGUCGCCAUAUUGUUAUCGCCUUUCAAGACAGCGAGGCUUUUGAAAGCGGUCUAUUAUCCGAUUUAAUCUCACUUCUCACUUCAUGGCUUGAUCGAAUCCCAUUCGCUCUGCUCUUUGGAGUGGCCACCUCAGUAGAGCUAUUUCAAGCACGACUCCUAAAGUCUACUUGCCAGUCUCUCUACGGAGAUCAAUUCGAUGUUGAGCAGUCAGCAUCGAUUAUUGAUAAGAUUUUCAAGGCUGCCAUCGCGCACUCGGAAGUGCCACUGCGAUUGGGUUCUUCCCUUGUCUAUAGCCUACUUGAGCGUCAGCGAGAUCAAGUAUCAAGUAUCCCGGUCUUUGCAAGUUCGUUGAAGUAUGCCUACAUGUGUCACUUCUACGCAAACCCAUUAACUGUCUUCCUGUCUGACGACACAGACGCCGAUAUUCUGCAGGCGUCACAUAUGGAAGCUGUGCGAUAUUUGCCAUCAUUUCGUCGACAUAUAGAAGCACUUAUUGAAAGGGGCGAGAUAAAGCAAGCUAGGUUGCUUCUCGACGACGAUCAGCAUCUCCAGGCACUUGUAAAAGACUCGUUACAAGACUCUCGUCGGUGGUCAUUGAGUCUCCUGCGCAAACUGAAGAUACUGACCGCUAGUAACGUCCUGUCUGCUGAUUUCACUGCACUUUAUCUGGACUCACUUGCUCGUGGAAUCGACUCGGAGCUAAUCGACCAGUUUGCGCAGUCGAUAAAGCGGAUGCAACCUACAGAAAUCAUCGCAUUUCUAAGUCAAGUAUUAUCCGAUAUUGAAAAUGGAGAUAUCAAUCUAGGCCUGAACCCAUGGAGCAACGAAGCCGGAGACUCGGUUUCACAUUUUACUAGUCUAUUGUCCAGUGUGACAGACUUAAAGAAAAGCGCCGAAGAACAAGGGAAUGUUCUCCGAAGCAAGUACAGCGGGCAGACUAAGGUUUUGAGAACGACCGUUGUUGCUCAAAAAGUUCAGCUUAGCGAAGAUACAGCAACACUCACGGACGAAGACAAGACCUAUACAGAUCUCAUGGAUAAGCUUGUCGAUCACCUAAAAGAGAAGCUCGACAGCGACAGCGCCAAGGACCUACUCUUCAAUGAGCUUUGGUUCUUUGAUUCGAAGUCGCCUUAUAGAGAUGUGUUAAUCCCACGACCAAGAGGGAUUGUUGAGCGAGCAUUGUCGCGCCCACACGAUUAUCUCAAUUGUUCUUGUUGCGAGACAAAGGAGGAUGGCAUUAUGCCGUCGUUCCCUACAGCGGCCAUCUUAUAUCAACUCUACCUUGAGACUGGCCCUCUCGUGAACGUCGCCGAUCUUUGGUCUGCUUACUAUGGAGUCGUUGGUGAAGAGAAUGAAGAAGGACUUGACGAGCGAUCCGCGCUCGUUUUGUUCUAUCGCGGGUUAGCCGAGAUGAAGGCCCUAGGUCUUGUUAAGCAAAGCAGGAAGAAGGUAGAUCACAUAGCAAAGCUUGCUUGGAAGGGACUUUAGAAGGGAAAGGGAGAGGGACAAGUAAAACUGGAUCAUGUAAGAAGAGUCAAAGAUAGUAGCUGGUUUUGUCUAGAUUUAGAUACACUUAGAUUGCCAGCUGACACAAUGGCAGUACUAGGUAGAAGAAGAAGCGAACGUAUUAGAUUCGAACACAACCAUAGAGGAAC